GAACUCUCCAAUUUGACGGCAACAAUACAAACAAACACACACCACAGUGCAAUUCAGGCAGGCAAACGUAAUAAAAAUAAAAUGUGGGAGAAUAUUCCCACAUAUAGUCGAACUCGGAGCAAACACAGACGCGCGACGAGCGUGAAAAACUAGCUGGCAACAACGGUGCAAACUUCCGAAUGCGAAGAAAAGCCAGCGAACGCGAAUCGGAAUCGGAAUCGAGGCGCUGCGAGUGAAGUGAAUAAUAAAUUCACUGCGCCGUUGUCAUUUUCGGGCCAAUUAUGUCUGCGUCUGUGGUUUGCGUUGACUUGAGUUCGGAAUCCGAUGAAGAGUCGAAUAAUGGAGCCAAACGAAGACGACUCGAGGAUCCCCUGCGACAAAUGGCUUCUUGCGGCCCCAGACAAAUUUUGCCCGCCAAACUUAUGAACAUACCAAAGGCGUCCCUGGGAUCCGUGGUGACAGUAUCUGGAGUGGGAGCAGGACCUGCAAGGGCAUUUCCAAUCCCAGCGGAUCCCCUCCGAUCCAUGCACAUCCCCAGUGGCAUCACAGUUACCAAACACCAGAAGAGCAUCCUCACCACAAAUGGAAAUCUGACCAUUUCCCUGGCAGAGCCCAACAACAAUAACAAAAACAGCAAUAAUAAUAACAACAACACCAACAGCUACAACAACAAUGUGAAGCAGGUGAAGAUGGGCACCGUCCAGAAAGUGGCCUGGUCGGUGAGCAGCAAAGCGCCCAGUCCCAAUGCCCUGAUAACCCCAGUGCCCAGUCACCAGGUGAGGGUGACGCCUGGCAACCAAAUACGGGUGACAGCCGGAGCCAAAGUCAUCCAGUCGCCCAUCCGAGUGUUGCCGAUGUCUCGCCCGCCGGUUGUAAUAGGUCAGCCCCAGCGACAGCAACAGCUACAGCCCCAGCCCCAGCAGCAGAAGCCAAUAAUUGUAGGUGUAACCAAGCCAAAAGCCCCAAUGGGACAAAUGUUGCACCAACAACAGCAGCAGAAGACGCUACAAGGGCAAGUGCAACAGAGGAUUAUUGCAGGACAGCAGCAACAGAGGCCUUCGCUGGGUCAACUGCAGCAACAGCAGGUGCAACAGCAGCAUCUACCUAGAUCCUUGGCUACUCCGAUGCAGCAGCAACCGAAACCACUGCAAUCACAGCCAAAGCCGCUGGCAAAACCGCUCCAACAGCCAGUUCCACAGAAAUUAACGGUCGUGGGACAGCUCCAGCAGCAGCAACCAAAGGCCAUCGUGGGACAACAGCUGCAGCAGCCACCGAAGGCCAUCGUAGGACAACAACUACAGCAGCCACCGAAGGCCAUCCUGGGACAACAGCUACUGCAGCAACCAAAGGCCAUCGUGGGACAACAGCUACAGCAGCAACCAAAGGCGGUCGUGGGACAACAGCUACAUCAGCAACCAAAGGCCAUCGUGGGACAACAGCCACAGCAGCAACCGAAGCCCAUUGCGGGACAACAGCUGCAGCAGCAACCAAAGGCGAUCGUGGGACAACAGCCACAGCAGCAACCGAAGGCCAUCGUGGGACAACAGCCACAGCAGCAACCGAAGCCCAUUGCGGGACAACAGCAGCAGCAGCCACCGAAGGCCAUUGUGGGACAACAGCAACUGCAGCAACCAAAGGCCAUCGUGGGACAACAGCUACAGCAGCAACCAAAGGCCAUCGUGGGACAACAGCUACAGAAAACGUCCCCGUCGCAGAUACUGCCACAGAAGAUAACCACAGUACAACUUCCACAACAGAAGACUUCCCUUGGGCCAGUCCAGCAAAAGCAAAAGCCACAAAAGACGCCCGUUGGUCAACUUCAACUGCAACAACAGCAAAUAGCCUUCCUGCAACUGCAACAGCAACGAAUAUCCAUAGGACAACUGCAACAGCAACAGGGAGGCAUGAUGGGUCAGUUCCAACAGCAACACGUGCCACAGAAGUCGAUCCUGGGACUAAUACAGCAGCAGCAAAAGGUUCUUUUUGGUCAGCCGCAGGUUCCAAAGGCACCGAUGGGUCUGCUGCGGCCACAACUUCAGCCACAGCUCCUGCAACAAAAUCCUUUGACGACGACCCCGCGCCAGCAGUCACCAAAGGCACAGAUGGCCCAACAACUAAUAAAUUCUGUGAUAAGCCAACAAGGUCCAGCUCAGCAACCGUCGUUGCCCGUGGUCAACCAAAUCACACACAAAUCAAUGACGAUUCAGAAGCUACCCAUGUUGCAGAGGGCGCCUACGGUGACGAAGGUACCUCCCAAGCAGAUAUUCCCUCAGCAGUUAUUUCCCCGGCAGAUAUUUCCCCAGCAGACACCACCACCCGCUCAUCUAUUGCAAAAGCAGCCACCGCCACAUACGCCAAUGCAAACUCCUCCCUUUGCACACCGACCAGCGAUGGUUAGACCUGCGACAGUGGCCAAGAUCACGCCGGUGCCUCCCAACAGUAGAGCAGUCUUUCAGGUGAAAGCUCAGUCUGCUGGCGUAGUCAACGCCGCAGCCGCCAUCAUGAGUGCUGCUCGUACUUUGCCCUUCAGAAGCUCAUCCCACAAGCCGGCCAAUCUGCCACUACCUUCAACGCAUCUCCAGGGAUUCACAACCAGUGCCACUCCACCGCAGCGUCUUCUGGCCACGCCGCCACAUUGUGCGGCCGCCUUGAAUGAGCCGCUGCUGCUCAACCUACCGCCCACCACCAGCAUUACGCCUCAGCUAACGCCCACGACAACUCCUCCGCCAGCUGGAACUCCAGCAGCAGUGCAGCAACAACAGCUAGCCAAGGCGGCAGCCUUCAAAUUGAACUCCCUGCCCGGGGCAAGCAUUUCUCCAGUGACCAAGACUCCAGCAAGCACCCCCAAACGCAUCCAGCCCAUCACAGUGCUCAAGAAAUCCGACGAGGAAUGGCGGAGGUAUAUUCUCGAGCAACAGCAGCAGCAGCAAAAGCAGCGCGGUCAGUUGCAGCCCACCUCGACGCCAACAAUUGUGCUCGUGGAGUCCCCGCCCACUACGCCGCCCACGGACAAACCGGAAACGGAGCGCAGUACAAACUCCAAGGAGAAAACCCCGACGAUCAAGUCGAUUACAAUAGAUAAGAAACCUAAUAACCUGAAAAGACCUGCUUCGGCAACUCCUUCCAUGAGGCAGUGUGUAAAUGUUAUUACAGAAAUAGUGGAUUUAGAUGAAUUACCCGAGUCCCCGCCAGAAAAGCGAAGGAAGGAGGAGUCUUUUCCAAUGAAAAGGCCCCAGGAAGCUGCGCCGCCAGCUGUAGCGCCUUUUACAACAGAGUACGCGGCUCUCAUUAAGCUGUGUCGCGAAGUGGACCCAUCGGAAGACAUGGAGCGCCUGGCUAAUGGGAAAUUGACAAGGUAUUACUAUAGUGCGCCCGACAGCUUCGUGAUGUCGCGUGGCUUUCGCCAUUUGCUCGAAAUGACCAUGGCACGGAUCCGAAGUCAGCCGAACGUGGUGUACGUACACCUCAAGAACGUGGUGGAUGAGCUGAUGGCGCAGAUGGUUGUUAAUGAAGUCCCGAGAGGAAAUGCAGUACCGUCCGCAAGGGAAUCCCCACAUUCUAGAUCAUUCAUGCCGAUGGAGCAGCAGCCAUGGGGGAGAGAGCGGGAACAGGAGCAGACUCCGGUGUGGGUAGACGAUCAGGAGGAGCUGGAAGAGGAAUCCGAUUCGCCCACUACCGACAAACGUUUGAAUGAACGUAUCCGACAGUUGAAUCGCACGUUGUACACAAUCACCAAGCGGAUAAAGAUGCUAGAGGACGCCGAUGUGGACUUGAAUGACGACGACUCCAGCUAUCUUCAGGUGGAGCGAUUCAAGAAGCGCGCCUGCCAAAUAUACGAAAAAAUCUGUGAUCUUACCGGCGAGAGCAAGAGAGCCAGUCGCAAGCUGAAGCCGCCCAUUCAAUUCAAGGACACGGCCUACCCGCACUUCAAUCGCACGUUGUCGGCCUUUGUCAACAGGAUGCGAGAGUUUCCUGAUUACCACGAUGUGCUCCAGAUUCUGGAGCACUGUAAUAAGGAGAAGGAACUCGGACUGGCCAAAUUCGAGAUGAAGAGAAUAGCCUACGAUGCCUUUGCAAAGGUUGGUAAACUGCUGCAGUCGCGUCGGAAGACGGAUCUUUACGAAACCGUAACCCACUUCACGGCAAAUGUCAAGGAUCCGGCAACCAGCGAUCCCGUGCUGCUCGCAAAGUUGAAGGAGAACAACAAAAAACAUAAGAAAAUAAGUGAUGUUCUGGAAAAGUAUGCCCGCGAGCAGGAUCUCAAUGCGGAGGAGCGUCAGGAGGCGCGGCUGAAGGAGAAAAAACUGAAGCAGGAAAAGGCAGAGAAGGAGGCCGCCAAGCUGGCUGCUUUGGCGGUAGACGACGACAAGCCCUGCACAAGUGCCCAGGCAGCAGCUAAAGCUGCCGCCAUCGCUGCCUUGAUGAAAAAUUCAUCAGCUCGUGGAAACGGAAACGAAACAAAACGUUACAUCAAUCUGAAGCUCUUAAAACUCGACGACGAGGAUGAGGACUCGGAGGAGGAAGAUGAGGAUUCGGAGGACGAGGAUGAUGUGGACAAGUUUGUGGACAACUUCAAGACCAACGGCGAAGUGAGUGAUGCCGACUCCGAGGCGGUAGUGGAAACAUCACCAAAGAAAGAUCCGUUGGCGCCCGCCGAGGAGGAGGAUGUGAUAGAUAUAACGAGAGCCGAGACUGGCAGUAAGAUUGACGUAGCCCCGCCCAACGGCAAGCUGAAGAUUAUGUCAGUCUCUAGUCUGAACGCCAACUUCGUCCGCGUGCAAAAUCCGCACACAAACCCCAAUCCCUUGCCGAGUGCCAAGCCUGUAAUCGCAGACCAGAUUGUCAUUUCGGAUGAGGAGUCAUAGAAAGAGUCGUACACGCAGCCCUGGCUGCACUCCUAGUUAAGUUUAUUUAUUCAAUAUGUUCCAAUUUAUUCCUGAUUAGGUUCGGUUUGCUAAAUGUAUUUUUGUUUACACAAAUAACCCCAUGUUGUAGGAUGAUCGUGUUAACUUAUCAAUAUGCAUUGGGCCUAAAAGUAUUUCUUCAUCAAAUUCAUUCAAUAUUUGGACCGAAUUGAAUCUUAAUAACUUAAAUAUGGCUAUUCAAAAGCUUUCCUGUAUAUCUAGACUCACAGAUAUCUAGAAUCUUUAAAACUUAUUCGAUUAGUUUCGAAGAAAGCAUGUUUGCUCAGUUGUGUUUUUAAAAGAGAAUACUAGAACGCUUUCGAAAUAAAACUUGUGUUUAUGCAAAUUUAAGCGAUCAAGAUUCAAAAGUAUCUUCAAUUGUCACAUAUUAGAAAUUAAGUGCAAAAUCAUUUAGCAGCCUUAACAAAUUUUUAGAAGUAAUUGUACAAACAAGUUUGCCGGAUUUAUUUCCUUGUUAGGUUCAAAGAAUUAAUAUUUAUUGGCUUGUUCAAACAUUAUUGUCACCCCAAACAUUAAGAUUCCAAAAUAUAUUUGUCACUUACUAGAAAUUAAGCAGAAUCAAUUUUAUAAAUAAUUGUACAACAAAAUUUGCUUGAUUUAUUCCCUUAUUGCGUUCACAAAAUAACAUUGCAUAGGUUGUUUAAACCUUACUGUUGCCCCUAACAUACUUUCGGUAAUCGAAUCAUCCAUACAAACCCCGCCACGCUAAUUUAUUACAAAGUCCGUACCCUCCGGGUGCAAGCCACAAAUAUACGCUCUAGUGUACAUAUGGAAUACUACUAGUCUAAGUUAGUUGUACAAAAUAAACAGAAUGGUGAGAAAAGAUAACUGAAA